AUGGCAGGAUAUAUCGGCGGAACGUUUUCGUUGAUUAGUUCAACAGCCCGCGUUCGAUACACUGGAAUUUUAGCGGAAGUCAAUCAGACCGACGGAUCGAUCAUAUUGAAUAAUGUGUUGAGUCACGGCACGGAAAACCGAAGAAGUUUGGGGAAACCGGCGAUUCCGCCCUCUCAGGAGGUCCACAUGGGGAUUCGUUUUCUCCAAAACGAAAUCGAAGAUAUUGUUCAGAUUCAAGAAAUGGAGAGAUAUACAACCAGACACGGCGUCCCGGAUGAUUUGAGUCAAUCUCAACAGGGGGUAUUCCAACAGCAACAACCACCGCCACAGCAGUAUCAACAACAGCAAUACGGUGGCUGGGGACAACCUCCCCCGCAACAACCACCGCCACAACAACAGUAUCAGCAACAAGGAUAUCAACAACAGCAACCACCACAACAAGGAUUCGGACAGGCACCGCCUCAAGCACAGCGGCAGCAGCCAGCUGGAUUGGUACCGCCACCGGCGCGACCAGGAGCUGUUCCGGCGCAGUCAGCGCCGGCGCCGGCAAGAGUCAUGGAAGCGGCGAAACCGGCAUACGUGAAACCGACGAGUUUCGCUGCUGCCGCGCAAGCUGGUUUGCCAACAUCGAAACCAAAGCCACCGCCACCAGAUAGACCAGCACCCCCGCCAGGUGGUAGAGGUGCCGGGGGAAGAAUCCCGCAACCAAGAGGUGCGGGUGGCAGAGGUGGCGGUCGAUUUGGUAACGUAUCGAACCAAAACUUGCCUCAAAGCGCGGUUGUUCCGACUGAAGCUUUUGAUUUCGAAAGCAUGCUUUCUAAAUUUGACAAAGCUAGAGAACAAACGGCAAACGAUCUCGGCGUCGCAAAAUAUGAAAAGGACGACUUCUUUGAUACCAUGUCCUCGGACGCGACGCAAAAAGAAAACAGAAGUGCGCACUUUCAAAGAAUGGCGGAACAAAGAAAAGUUGAUUCGGAGACUUUUGGAAGAGAAGGCGCGACGCAUACGAGCGUUCACGGUCGCGGAAGAGGUCGUGGCAGAGGUCGAGGCCGAGGAGGCCGAGGAGGACGCUAUUAG